AUGUCCGCAGAGAAAGUGGCUGUCUUGCGUGCACUGAAUGCGACUAUCAUCCGUACCCCCAACGAAGCCGCUUACGACUCGCCCGAAUCGCAUAUCGGUGUUGCCAAACGUUUGGAGAAGGAGUUGCCCAACGCUCAUAUCUUAGAUCAGUACGGAAAUGAAAAUAAUCCGUUGGCCCACGAGUUCGGAACGGCUGAGGAAAUCUGGACCCAGACACGCGGACAGAUCAAGGCGAUCGUUGCUGGUGCAGGUACAGGUGGAACGAUUACCGGGCUAUCUCGAGGCCUCAAGAAGCAUAACCCAAACGUCCAGGUUAUCUCGGCUGAUCCUCACGGAUCCAUUCUGGCUCUUCCUGCGUCAUUAAACGAACCCCACGUGAACGAGCCUUACAAGGUUGAAGGAAUUGGGUAUGACUUCAUUCCGCAGGUGCUCAACCAAGAGGCCGUGGACAGAUGGUACAAAACGGGCGAUAAAGAAUCAUUCCAAUUCUCUCGUCGCUUGAUAGCCGAAGAGGGUCUGCUUGUGGGUGGAAGUAGCGGGAGUGCCAUUGCAGCUCUUGAGCAAGCCGCCAAAGACUAUAACUUUGGGAAAGACGAUGUUGUCGUGGUGAUCCUGCCUGACAGCAUUAGAAGCUAUCUCACCAAGUUCGCCGAUGAUGACUGGCUUGCUGCCAAUGGUCUUCUGUCAUCACCACCUGCUGAAGCCGUCCCAACAUCCCCGUCUCUCCAACAACAAUGCCCCAAGGAUGCAUUUUCUGGUGCGAAGGUGAACUCGCUGAGACUAAAACCGAUUACAACUGUCCGGUCAGAUUUCCCAUGCGAGAAUGCGAUUGAAAUCAUGCGGGAUAGAGGAUUUGAUCAACUCCCCGUUCUUGCACCUUCUGGAAAGAAGCUGGUUGGAUUGGCUACCCUGGGCAAUAUCCUCAGCCGGCUCACACACGGCCGUGCUACCGGAAAGAGCCCAGUUUCCGAUGUCAUGUUUGAUUUUAGCAGAAUCCCUGAAGUCGUGACGGACCCUAGAGAUCUGGGACUGACUACAGGCGGCGAGCCCAUCGGACCGGAGACUUUGAAGGCCCAGCAGAAGGGACGCAAGUUCAUUGAAAUAACUAUGGAUACUCCUCUCAGCGUGCUCAAUCGGUUCUUGGAAUGGAAUAGCGCAGCUAUCAUUACCGAGACAAACGAGCAGGGAACGAUGAGGCCAGUAGCGGUUGCGACCAAGGUUGAUCUGCUCACUUGGAUGCUUCAUCAUAAUGAGAACGGUUCCUGA